AUGUUGGCAACAAGGUCUGUCGCAGCUGCCUCGGCGGUGGUCAGGACGGCUACUCGCAGUGCCCUGCCUAGGCACCUUGCUGCUCGCGUCGCAGCCUCGGCUUCGGUACGCGCCGCUCAAGCAACGAGCUCGCACAACGUCCUCGCCGGCCUUCGACAGCUGCACUCGAGCUCUGUGCGUGCUUCGGACACCAAGGGCGAGGCCAUGAGCUCUCCCUCUGCGCCGCUCACCGAUGAGCUCUCCAAGACGGGCCUGUAUGAUUUCCACGUCAAGAACGGCGGCAAGAUGGUCCCCUUCGGUGGCUACCUCAUGCCCUUGACAUACGGCGAUGUGGGUCAGGUGGCUUCGCACCACCACGUCCGUACUCACGCAGGUCUCUUUGAUGUAGGCCACAUGGUGCAGCACAAGUUCAAGGGCCCUGGUGCGCUCAAGUUCCUGCAGCACCUGACACCGGCAUCGCUGACCUCUCUGCCUGCCUUCUCGUCUACGCUGUCGGUGCUGAUGUCCGAGCAAGGCGGAAUCCUGGACGAUCUCAUCAUCACCAAGCACGCCGACGACAGCUUCUACGUCGUCACCAACGCCGGUUGCCGCGCCGACGACCUAGCGUGGUUCAAAAAGCAGCUCGAUGCGUGGACGGGCGAGGCUGUCGAGCACGAGGUCAUGGACGAUUGGGGAUUGCUCGCUCUGCAGGGUCCUACGGCAGCCAAGGUGCUUGAGAAGCUGGUGGGCGACUUUGAUCUCAACACGCUCACUUUCGGCAAGAGUGCUUUUGUGCCGCUCAACAUCAACGGCGACAAGGUCGAGUGCCACGUUGCCCGAGCAGGCUACACGGGCGAGGACGGUUUUGAAAUCUCGAUUCCUCCUGCAUACACCGUGCCACUUGCCGAAGCAUUCCUCUCGGACAGCGAAGUGCAGCUAGCGGGUCUUGCAGCGCGAGACAGUCUGCGACUCGAGGCGGGCAUGUGCCUGUACGGCCACGACCUGGAUCCUACCGUCAGCCCUAUCGAAGGUGCGCUGGCUUGGGUCGUGGGCAAGGACCGCCGUGCCGCCGCCGACUUCUUGGGUGCCGAGCGUGUGCUCAAGGAGCUCAAGGAGGGUCCACCUCGUCGUCGGGUCGGUCUCUUGAUCGACGGUGGCAUUGCCCGAGAGGGUGCCAACCUGUUCACUCCCGAUGGCGAACUCGUCGGUCGUGUCACCUCGGGUAUCCCAAGCCCUACCUUGGGCAAGAACAUCGCCAUGGCGCUGGUGCAGAACGGCCAGCAUAAGAAGGGCACCAAGCUCAAGGUCGAGAUCCGAAAGAAGUUGCGAGACGCCGAGGUGGCCAAGGUGCCCUUUGUCGAGAACAAGUUCUUCCGUGGAUGA